AUGGUUCGUCUUAUUGGCAUUUGGACAAUCAUACUGGCUGUAUUAUUCACCACGAGUAUAUCAGUAUCAGCCCUUUUCAAUGAUCCAGGUCUAUCAUAUUGCAAAUGUAUAUGUUUUUCGAAUUCUACUAUAAUACCAUUAUAUCGACCUGAAAAUCCAACGAAACCAUGUUUGACCUGUACUCGACAAUUUUGUUUGGAUCAGAAAUUAUCCAUUUGUAAAGGUGCCCAAGUACCUGAAUUAGAUACUGAUGUUGGAACAGGUACAGAAGGUGAUGUCGAAGCUAGAUGUUUCAAAAGAGAUUCUCCGAGAGAUCAAUUGGUAGUAACGUUCUUCUUGUUGAUCGUAUUUGGUUUACUAUUAUACGCAGCUAUAAGAUCUAGAUUACGCCAAGCCAUUGAAACUCGAGGUAGACCAUCAGACCUGAGAGAAUGGAGUGAAGCUCUCUUACCGACCACUCUUCAUCCUUACUCCACCCAGUUCUUUUCUCGAAGACAGAACAGCUGGGCAGGUGGUAUGGGGGCCACAGGUGAUGAGAUGAGGAAUGCAGGUUCAAGUGGAGGUGGAGGAUAUGCUCCUGUCAGUGUGGGUAGUUGA